CCAUCCUGUGGUCACCUGAUCUCAGCGUCUAGGUCAACUUUGAUUCCUUUCUUCUUGCCCUGAUGGCCAGUGACAUACGCAGAUCCCAUCGACUCUAACUCUGCAGUCAGUGUCUUGUAUUCUUCUCCUCCCCCUAGAGUUCAGUAAUUCUGCAGCUUUGGCCCCAUCACUAACUUCUGUGUUUCUGUUCCAUUGCUGGUCCAUGGAGAUGUAAUGUCUUGGCUUUAACACCAUGAUACUUCUUUUUAAAGGAAGAGAGGGAUGGAUUUCAAAAAUACCUUUUGAAACAGAUGGUCACCAUGUUUAGAUAUUAGCAGUCCUGUAUGUGCAUGUGUGCAUUUGAAAAUGGAAGAGGGAAACAACAAUGAAGAGGUAAUUCACUUGAACAACUUUCACUGCCAUCGGGGACAAGAGUGGAUCAAUCUCAGAGAUGGGCCCAUCACCAUAUCUGACUCCUCAGAUGAGGAAAGGAUUCCAAUGCUGGUCACCCCAGCUCCUCAGCAGCAUGAAGAAGAGGACCUGGAUGAUGAUGUCAUCCUGACAGAAACAAAUAAACCUCAGAGAUCACGACCCAAUCUCAUCAAACCAGCUGCCCAGUGGCAAGAUCUGAAAAGGUUGGGAGAAGAAAGUCCUAAAAAGUCUAGAGCAGCAUUUGAAUCAGAUAAGAGCAGCUAUUUUUCAGUGUGUAACAACCCAUUGUUUGAUUCUGGGGCACAGGAUGAUUCUGAGGAUGACUACGGUGAAUUUCUGGAUCUUGGGCCUCCUGUAAUCUCUGAAUUCACUAAGCCAAGUGGCCAAACAGAAAGAGAACCCAAGCCUGGACCGAGUCGUAACCAAGCAGCAAAUGACAUUGUCAACCCCAGAUCAGAGCAGAAAGUCAUCAUCUUGGAAGAAGGUAGCCUUCUUUAUGCCGAAAGAGAUCCUUUGGAAACUCAGAACCAGUCAUCUGAAGACUCAGAGUCAGAGCUGUUAUCAAAUCUAGGAGAGUCAGCUGCUCUAGCAGAUGAUCAGGCCAUCGAAGAAGACUGCUGGUUAGAUCAUCCUUACUUCCAGUCUCUGAACCAACAGCCCCGUGAAAUAACAAACCAGGUUGUUCCUCAGGAACGGCAGCCUGAAGCAGAACUGGGCCGCUUGUUGUUUCAGCAUGAAUUCCCAGGGCCAGCUUUUCCAAGGCCAGAACCCCAGCAAGGUGGGAUUUCAGGCCCCUCUUCUCCUCAGCCUGCCCAUCCUCUAGGAGAGUUUGAAGACCAACAGUUAGCAAUUGAUGAUGAAGAGCCAGGUCCAGCCUUUCCAAUGCAAGAAUCACAAGAGCCCAAUUUGGAAAACAUUUGGGGGCAAGAAGCUGCAGAGGUAGAUCAAGAACUCGUUGAACUAUUAGUGAAAGAAACGGAAGCAAGAUUUCCAGAUGUAGCAAAUGGGUUUAUUGAGGAAAUAAUUCAUUUUAAGAAUUAUUACGAUCUGAAUGUGCUUUGUAAUUUUCUUCUGGAAAACCCAGAUUAUCCAAAGAGAGAAGAUAGAAUCAUUAUAAAUCCCAGUAGCAGUCUGCUGGCCAGCCAAGAUGAGACAAAGUUGCCUAAAAUAGACUUUUUUGACUAUUCUAAAUUGACUCCUCUUGACCAGCGCUGCUUCAUCCAAGCUGCUGACCUCCUCAUGGCCGACUUCAAAGUGCUCAGUAGUCAGGACAUCAAGUGGGCCCUGCACGAGCUCAAAGGACACUAUGCGAUCACCCGCAAGGCCUUGUCUGAUGCCAUUAAAAAAUGGCAGGAGCUAUCACCAGAAACCAGUGGAAAAAGGAAGAAGAGAAAACAAAUGAACCAGUAUUCUUACAUUGAUUUCAAGUUUGAACAAGGUGACAUAAAAAUAGAAAAGAGGAUGUUCUUUCUUGAAAAUAAGCGACGACAUUGUAGGUCCUAUGACCGACGUGCUCUCCUUCCAGCUGUGCAACAAGAGCAGGAGUUCUAUGAGCAGAAAAUCAAAGAGAUGGCAGAGCAUGAAGACUUUUUGCUUGCCCUACAGAUGAAUGAAGAACAGUAUCAAAAGGACGGCCAGCUGAUUGAGUGUCGCUGCUGCUAUGGGGAAUUUCCAUUCGAGGAGCUGACACAGUGCGCAGAUGCUCACUUGUUCUGCAAAGAGUGUCUCAUCAGAUACGCCCAAGAGGCAGUCUUUGGAUCUGGAAAGUUGGAGCUCAGCUGCAUGGAAGGCAGCUGCACGUGUUCGUUCCCAACCAGUGAGCUGGAGAAGGUGCUGCCCCAGACCAUCCUGUAUAAGUACUAUGAGCGAAAAGCCGAGGAGGAGGUUGCGGCAGCCUACGCCGACGAGCUUGUCAGGUGCCCGUCCUGUAGCUUUCCGGCUCUGUUGGACAGUGAUGUGAAGAGGUUCAGCUGUCCUAAUCCUCACUGCCGAAAGGAAACCUGUAGGAAGUGUCAGGGACUCUGGAAAGAACAUAAUGGCCUCACCUGUGAAGAGCUGGCUGAAAAAGACGACAUCAAGUACCGUACCUCUAUCGAAGAAAAAAUGACUGCUGCCCGCAUUAGAAAAUGCCACAAGUGUGGGACUGGCCUCAUCAAAUCUGAAGGCUGCAACCGCAUGUCUUGCCGCUGUGGUGCCCAGAUGUGCUACCUCUGUCGAGUUUCUAUCAAUGGAUAUGACCAUUUCUGCCAACAUCCCCGCUCACCAGGAGCCCCUUGCCAGGAGUGUUCAAGAUGCUCUCUCUGGACCGAUCCCACUGAAGAUGAUGAGAAGCUUAUUGAGGAAAUCCAGAAGGAGGCUGAAGAGGAACAGAAAAGAAAGAAUGGAGAGAACACCUUCAAACGCAUUGGACCCCCGCUGGAGAAGCCUGUGGAGAAGGUGCAGAGGGUGGAGGCCCUCCCGAGGCCCGUUCCGCAGAACCUGCCACAGCCACAGAUGCCACCCUACGCCUUCGCGCACCCACCCUUCCCCCUGCCUCCUGUGCGGCCUAUGUUCAAUAACUUCCCACUCAACAUGGGGCCUAUCCCAGCCCCGUACGUGCCCCCUCUGCCCAAUGUGCGGGUCAACUAUGACUUCGGUCCCGUCCACAUGCCCCUGGAGCACAACCUGCCCAUGCACUUCGGCCCCCAGCCACGACAUCGCUUCUGAUGGCCCCGAAUCCCCAUUGAGCAGCACAAAGCCCGUUUGGGGUAGGAGUGUGGAUGGAGAACCCUCCCCUACCCGUCCCCCAAGGCUGGUGGCUGUACCAUUGCAUCCUAAGUCAGGUUGAAGAGUAGGCUGGUUUUCUUCCCACCCUUUUCCUAGAAGGGCCACUGCUCCUGGAAGAGUGGAUGGAUCCGUAAUAAAGAUGAAGUCCCAAAUGGUA